AUGGCUAGGCUGAGAGCCGCUGCUUCAUCCUCUCCUACCAAGUCUGCUCAGAUAUCUCUCCCCGAGAGGUCGUCCCAAUUUUCAACCAGACCAGCCAUCUCCAACCUGUCCCAUCGUCUUAAUUCGUAUGCUCAAUCACCCGCUCCGCGAACCGCUGUACCUUCCGCCAACAUGUCUCGAACCACGCCUGCGUUGCCCUCGAAGGUUGAUACUCUCGACCUUACCGAAGACGUUUUGCCAACCCCGGCUCGGCUGUUCUCACAAUUUAAAGGUCAAAAGAGAAAGAGCGAUGAACACAGAAGCGACACAUACAAUCGAUCGUCCUCGAAGGCGCCUCGUUUGGAGACGAUCCAACAACCAGAUGACGACGACGACGAUGAUAGUUUCAUGUCUAUCGAUGACUUCGUAGACGAUGAACCCAUUGGCCCACCUCCUCCAUAUUCCACCGUCGCACAAUCACCGGCUAAGCGCCCGGCACAACCGCCUGUACCGUCUUCGAGUUCUACUAUAGGUCCUCCACCCCAAGAGAGACGAGUCAAGCGCCAGAUACUGGAUAGUGAAGAUGAAGAUAUGGAGGAUGUCCAUGAGAGUGUACCUGAGCCACGUCUGCCUUCUCCCGUCAAGCUGAAGCAACCAUCGGUAUCCCCAGGGAAACCAUUGCAAACUCCCGCUCUAAGUCGUGUUGCUCAAUCACCUGCCAUCGGCUCGCAAUCACCUGGCCUUGCACCGCUGUCAUCGAGCGAAGAUGCUCUCAUCAACAAAUUCUUGUCCUGGACUCAAGAAGACUUCGAGUCGAAGCUGGCCGAGGCUGGUGAUCGACACGCACAAGCCACGGACGACUACAUGGCAGCUAUGGAAUCUCUCGCUAUCGACGAGGUACCAGCUCAUAUCUCCGAGGCUUAUGAGCAGGCAGGCGAGGUCGAGGAAGCUUUGAAGAGCUUGAAAGACUUCAAAGACAGACUUGAUGUACUGGACUUUGAGAUGAAAAAUAUCUCGGAUCUUAUGAGAAAAGCUCUACUUGCUCGGCAAAAGCCCACCAGAGAACAGCAAGAGAUGAAACAACUCAAGCAACGCAUUCGCGAUACGCAUACCGACAUCUUACCGCUCCUUCAGAAUCUUGAGUCUGCUGGUCUCAUGUCCACCUUGAAGAAACCCGCUACUGUCACUGUCAAGUCGACUCAGGCUGUGCCCAGGGCGAAGACCGAGGUUUUAAGAAGCCCCGGUCCCGAAAGGAUCAAGCAGACUCAGCUCCCCAAUGGCAGGAAUAUUGAGAUCUUUCCCGAUGUGGAGGACCCCAGUGUGAUGGAGAUUAGUCCGCCUCGUCACUUUCCAGAAAGAAAAGUUCACCACUCCGACAGUUACAAUGCUUCACUCUCGCCAUCAAAGCGGAAUAACACAACUACCGUCAGUCGCGAAGUCUCAACGAAACCGACAACCUCGACUAGAGAUUUCGUCCAGUCCCAUAGACACAGUGACAAGGAAAACUAUGGAGUACCCGACGAAUUUGACGAGUUCGAGGAAGGAGAUGAAAGCCUCUUCAGCAACAUUAUGGGCACGCCUCCAGCGCAGACCAUUGACGAAGACAACUAUGAUGACGAAUUUGGCGAUGACGAAGAUCUUAUGGAACUUGCGACCGAAUUUGAGGAUCAUUCAACCUUCCAUGGUGUAUCUCGUCAGUCCAACGACCGAUCUGCUAACACUCCUGUCAAAAGACCGAAGACUCUUGACGAAGAACUGGGUGAUUAUCCAUGGACCAAAGAAGUCAAGAAUGGACUUGUAAAGGCCUUCAAACUGCCAGGAUUCCGUUUGAACCAGGCUAAUGCCAUAAACGCCACACUGGCUGGCAGACAUGUCUUCGUACUUAUGCCCACUGGAGGUGGCAAAUCUCUUUGCUACCAACUGCCAGCAAUCGUCAAAUCAGGAAAGACAUCGGGCGUCACCCUUGUCGUUUCCCCACUGCUGAGUCUAAUGGAAGAUCAAGUCUCACACCUGAGAGCCCGCCAGAUCCAGGCAUUUUCUCUCACUGGCAGUACCUCGAUGGAGGAGCGUAGAGAGAUCACAAGCACCUUUACAAGAUCCGAUGUACAGGACUUUGUACAAAUGCUCUACAUCACGCCAGAAAUGUUGAACAAGAGCGGCAUGAUGAAGACAGCGUUCAAGGAUUUGCAUCGAAGAGGAAAGCUUGCAAGAAUUGUCAUCGACGAAGCCCACUGCGUCAGUCAAUGGGGGCAUGAUUUCCGUCCUGACUACAAAGAACUUGGUAUGGUCUUGACUGAAUAUCCCGGUGUGCCCAUCAUGGCCCUUACAGCUACUGCGACCGAAAACGUCAAAGUAGAUACCAUUGGGAAUCUCGGUAUCAGUGGUUGCGAUGUCUUUUCACAGAGUUUCAAUCGUCCAAACCUCAGAUACCAUGUUGACACCAAGCCCAAGAAGUCAGUGCUCCUUGAUACAAUCCAGGAGAUCAUUGAGGAUAGACACAGGAACAAGUGUGGCAUUAUCUACUGUCUUUCAAGGAAGCAAUGCGAAGACGUCGCUGGAGAGCUUCAAGGACGCCGCAUCAAAGCCCACCAUUAUCAUGCUGGUAUGGAGCCCGAAGCAAAAAGUGAUGUUCAAAAGAAAUGGCAAAAGGGCGAGAUCAAAGUGAUUGUCGCAACCAUCGCUUUCGGUAUGGGUAUUGACAAGCCAGACGUUCGCUUCGUCAUCCACCACACAAUCCCGAAGAGUCUUGAGGGCUACUACCAGGAAACUGGCCGUGCUGGACGUGACGGUGCAGCUUCAGAUUGUUACUUGUUCUAUGGAACCCAUGACUUAUUCACAUUGCGAAAGAUGAUCGAUGAGAAUAAGGAUGGUAGCAGGGAACAAAAGGACCGUCAACAUGAUAUGCUCCGACGAGUCGCUCAGUUUUGUCUAAAUAACACGGAUUGUCGUCGCGUCCAGGUCCUAGCUUACUUUGCAGAGAGUUUCUCGAAGGAUGAUUGCAACAACAACUGCGACAACUGCAACAAAACAGAAGAGCUAGUUGAAGUGGACUAUACUGAGCUUGGCCUUGCGGCAGUCGAGCUUGUCAAAGAGGUCGCCUCCGUUCGCAAUGUCACUCUUCAUCAGUGUCUUGAUCUAUUCCGAGGCACUGGUCGUGGUAUCACCGCCGAAGACAAGGAAGCUGAAAACUUUGGCGCAGGCAAAGAUCUUGAUCGAGAGAACGUGGAUCGUCUUUUCGGUCUUCUGUUGGCUGAGGACGUUAUUCGCGAAUUCUCUGUCUUCAACAAAUCCAAGUUCGCCAAUCAAUAUCUCACACUUGGACCAAAAAGGCACAUGUUCGGGCAUGGCCGUGGCAAGCAGAAGCUGAUGCUUCAUGUGCCAGUAUCAGCAGCAGGUUCAAAAGCUACCAAACGCAAACAGAAGGUCGCAACCGGUACUGGUGUCAAGGCUUCCAAAGCGGCCAAUAAAGGCCAACAGUAUCCUUCGACCAACAUAUCAUCCCCUGUUCAAGCAGGGCCAAGUCACGAGGACUACGGAGACUCCGAGGAUGAGGAUGAUGCUUUCGAGCCUGUUCGAACAGACAUGAAUUCCCGCUCUCGUAACCAAAGAGAGCUUGGUGCACCGAUCACCAGGGACGAAGCUCUUUACAACUUGGAUGAAGUUCACCAAGAUGUGAUCGCGGCGUUUGUUCAACAAGCCAAAGAACAGUUGCUGGAGCUCAUGAAGAAGAAGAAGCUGCGUCAACAACCAUUUUCUGAUACCAUGCUGCGCGAAAUGGCCAUCAAAUUUCCCAGGAACCUGGCUGCAAUGAAGGGAAUCCGAGGGAUCGACAAUGCCAAAGUCGAUUGCCACGGUGCAAGUCUACUUCCUCUAAUCGCACAUUACAAAAAGCAACUCGAUGAGAUGCAAGGUUCAGAAGACAAGCCAUACGAUCCCAACCACGCCACUGUUAUUCUGAUCGACAGCGACGACGAUCAGGAUGACGACGGAGACGAGUUUGCGUACGAUGAAGGGCUUAGUUCUGAGCUCGAAGCCGCAAGUCAAGGAAGACAGCCCGAAAAACAGUCCUCAUAUUUCAAGCCCAGCCGUGAAGUCGAAGCUUUCAACGCUAGAUUCUCACAAUCACAGGCUGCUCCUAGAGCAGCUGUGCCACCGCCCAACAAGCGCGUCCGUACUGAUUCCGGCGGUGCCAGAUGGAAUGGCAAGAAAGGAGCUGCUCGUCGGUCAAGCUUUGGGAAAGGCAAGUCUGCUGCUGGAGGAGCGGUCAAGAAACGUGCACCAGCCGCGAAGAGACAAAGUAGUAUUACCUCCAAGAUGUCAUACAACAACGGUGCUGGUUCCUCGAAGAAGGGAGGAGGUGGUGGCACUUCUAGUGGAAUUGGCAUGAUGCCUCUGUGA